AUGGAGCAAGACGAUAAAUUCACUCCGCUUCCCCCAAUUUCUCCCAUCAGACCCUUACACCUCCGCAAGCAGUCAAGUCAGAUCCAGAUUACAGGACACAACCACCAAUACCCACCCGAAAUCAACCAAACACACAAAGCCGAGUCAAUCCCGUUUGUCUUUCCUCCACGAACAUCUUCCCUGCGCUACUCAGCAGAUUCGAUCGCAUUGGGAUUGCUUUGCCUCGCGACACCUGGACCUCCGCCGGUUUCUGUGGAUCCCGCUCAGUUCGGCGAUUUGAGUUCCAUGAGGAACCAUCUCUCUAGUACUUCAGCCCAGGACGCUCCCUCAAUCGAUACAUCGCGGUCCACUGUUUCGAGCAUUGAGGCUUUAUAUCUAUCAUCCGGUUCUUCUUCCGCGAUCCUCGGCGACUUCAUUCCGAUUGAUGCAAUGGAUGUGACCCCUGACAUGAGGAACUCCGACUCAAUUGGAAGGGUUGAUCGACCUGUGAACCCUUAUGAGUUCGAGCCUAUUACCCCAUACAUCAAUGAGGCACGCCAGACCACAAUGACAGAGUUCAUCACGAGAGCAACGCGUGAGAACUCAACACCACCGAUGCCCAGCCCUCGACCAUUCCAUACGAAGAAUUCGCUCUCCGAAGGAAACGGAGUUUAUCAGCCUCAUAGACCUAGUCCGCUAGCUGUCCCUUUCCAAAAGCCAGCACGCCAUAUGCUUCAUAGAAGCGAGUCAUCUCCGAGCAUACCCCCUCUCCGGUUCCAGGCACGCGGCGAUGAAGGCCGUGGCUCAGAGCCUACAGAGUUUGCUGAUGAAGAUAACACUCUGGAAUCGCCAACUCGCCGUGGACCUGAUGACCGCGACUACCGAAGUCGCCGAUACCGUGUAGAGGGUGCUCCUCUGUCAUUCCCUAGCAGGUCUCGCCAUGGUCUCGCCAUAUCACGAUCGCCUUCACCGACACGCUCCAACAUUCGGAGUCCUGGUGAUGAAUCGUCGAACCGCUCUUCUCGUGGUCGUCAACAGACAAUAUCGCCACCAAAACCCCUGGAUGACGUAUUCGAGACAGAUGAGAUCGAUGCCCGCCGUGUAGCAGCUGCUAUGAGCCCGCUAGUUGAUCCAAUUCCGAAACGAUCUCGGUCGCCGAUGAAGAAAAUGUUUGGGGAUCACGGCUGGCUUGGUCAGUCACCAGAUGAACUGAAAGAGGUCAAGGUUCGAACGAAGAAAUCCUCGCUCGACAGGAGAGAUGAUUCUAUCAAUCGCCAAAAGAAGCCAGGCAUGAUGGGAAGACUUAAGAACAAGUUUGAAGAGUUUGCUGAAAAGGCAGAUAUUAACUCCAAGCGGUCCAGCACCGACAAACGCCCAGCCUCUUCCCUGCUUGCGAUAUCUCUUGGCCCUCCUGAGCAGGCACAAAUAUCCAUGGAGCUUGAGCUCAUGCUAGUGCACACUGGCAAUAGUUUCCUCAUGAAUGAAUUCAGCCGAGGUCGCAUGGCCGUGGACACGAUCAAGAAGACUGUUGACACAUGGAAGGGCAAAGGACGACCGGGAGUCAUCGAAUUCAUGUACGACCAGGCCACACAACGUGAGCUCGUUGCCGCCAAUCAACACACCUUCCGAUUCCAUGGCCAACGUGCCGGUGAUGUGAUUCGGGUCAACUCGAUGCUGUAUAACUGGAAGCAGGUUGCGAAUCUCAUGUCCAUCCGGACGUUCUGCAAUGCUGAUACGGUUAUAUUGAAGCUUCUCUUCGACAUCGAACAGAUAUUGGAACUAUUGGGUGCGUCAGAGCCAAUUAUGUUGCGAGUUCAGCAAAUCCGAGCCCGAGUCAAUGAAUUGAUUCGCAAAACGCGUGAAAAGACAGUGGGCAAGACAAAUGGUCUACAGCACUCGACCGGGGAGGGAUCUGCGAGAGAUACUCAUUCAUCAGUGGGCAGUCGACCCAGAGGUUUGUCUACUGAGGAUCCUUACGGUGGCUUGAAGCUCGUCCCCGACUCCUAUCCAGAGCAGGUUUGA